AUCUAGCAGUCCAUACCACGUAUUAUUAUUAUUAGGUAUUGUUUGUCUCCAACCCCCCGACCGCGUUAUUGGCCUGCCCGGCAUAUUCGAAGCGUGACGUGAAUCAUAUUUCCCGUCACGUCAGGUUCAGGUUAAUCUCGUGGAAGCAGAGGGACAAGAAGCAGAAAGCAGAGAAGAAAGCUGCAGAGAGAGAGAAGAGGAGAGGAGCUCCUGCCUGCCUGCCUGCCUGCCUGUGUGCCCGCCUUAGUUCUACGCCGGCACUCUCCGCACGCCUUUCAAUUUUCCCUCGUCUCUCUCUAAGCUGUCCUUCUCCACCCCACCACCCUCCACCACUACUGACACCCACCACCACACGAGCGACUCUUUGCGCUCACCACCCACCGCCAUGUCGUCCGAACCCAAGGCCGGCGAGGCCGAGAAGAACAUCGAGAUGUGGAAGGUCAAGAAGCUGAUCAAACGCCUGGAACAAGCACGCGGCAACGGCACAAGCAUGAUCAGCUUGAUCAUCCCGCCCAAAGAUCAGGUCUCGCGAGCUGCAAAGAUGUUGGCCGAAGAGUUUGGUACCGCCAGCAACAUCAAGUCUCGCGUCAACCGACUGUCCGUUCUUUCCGCCAUCACAUCGACCCAGCAGCGCCUGAAGCUAUACUCGAAGGUGCCACCGAAUGGCCUGGUGGUCUACUGCGGUGAAAUCAUCACGAGCGAGGGAAAAGAGCGAAAGAUCAAUAUCGACUUUGAGCCGUUCAAGCCCAUCAAUACGUCCUUGUAUCUGUGUGACAACAAAUUCCACACGGAAGCUCUUAGCGAGUUGCUCGAAUCCGAUCAGAAGUUCGGCUUCAUCAUCAUGGACGGAAACGGAGCUCUCUUUGGCACGCUUGCUGGCAACACGAGGGAUAUCGUGCACAAGUUCUCGGUCGAUCUACCCAAGAAGCACGGUCGUGGAGGACAGUCUGCCCUGCGUUUCGCCCGUCUGCGUGAGGAGAAGCGUCACAACUAUGUCCGUAAGGUCGCCGAAUUGGCAGUGCAGAACUUCAUCACCAACGACAAGGUCAACGUUGCUGGUAUCGUUCUUGCUGGUUCUGCUGACUUCAAGAAUGACUUGAACCAGUCCGAUCUUUUCGACGGACGUCUCCAAACCAAGGUCAUCAAGGUGGUCGAUGUUUCCUAUGGUGGUGAGAACGGUUUCAACCAAGCCAUCGAGCUCGCUGCAGACACUCUUUCCAACGUCAAAUUCAUCCAGGAAAAGAAGCUCAUUAACGCAUACUUUGACCAAAUCAGUCAAGAUACUGGCAAAGUCUGCUACGGUAUUGGCGACACUCUCAAGGCUUUGGAAGCAGGUGCAGCUGAGACCCUGAUUGUCUUUGAGAAUCUGGAGAUGACACGCUGGACUCUCAAGAGCAGCGAAGGCGCCGAGGUCAUCCUGCACACUACCAAGGAACAAGAAAAGGACCGAAGCAACUUCAUGGACAAGGACACUGGCCAAGAAAUGGAAGUCGUUGAUCAGAUGCCAUUCCUGGAGUGGCUUGCCGAAAAGUACCGUGACUUUGGUGCUCAGCUCGAGUUUGUGUCUGAUCGCUCUUCGGAAGGUAACCAGUUCGUCCGUGGAUUUGGUGGAAUUGGAGCCAUCUUGCGAUAUGCGCUCAACUUUGAGCAACUCAAUGCCGAUGAGGAUGAAGACGAGUUCUACGAUGAUUGACCCAUUGAAGACCUCGCAGCGGGCGAGGCCUCACGAACUACCAUGGCCGAGAUGAGUGGCGGAGCUUCCGCCGAGCAGCCAGAGGCGGCUGCAACUGCUACUGCUCCAGCAGUUCCCAAAGGAGCAGACCCCAAACCGUCCUUCGCGAAGAAGGUACUAGCCAAGCAGGCCGCCACCGCGAACAAGAAUCACGGGCACAGACCACAGAACUCCACGCCACUGCGUUCGAGCAUAACAGCUUAAGCCAGGCCAAGCUGUGGGAGAAGAAGACGUUGGUUCUGGAUGUUGCCAGCCCCGUGUUCUACAGAAGUGAUAGAGAAGAGGUGAUAGCACUGUCAAGACGAGUAUCACCAAAAGGGUAGCUUUUGGGUUCGCUUUGGCUUUAGCUUUAGAAUUUCCAUUUACGAGUCUUUAGUCUGUCGAACCCAAUACAGUCUUUUCCUCG